UUUUACGCGGGAUAAAAACAUUUUUGUUGGUGUUGAUGGAAGAUGAAGCUUUGGUGUAAACUAAAAGGAAGGAAAUAAAUUAAUUCAGGUUGGCACUUAAAAUGGCAAAUCAAUGAAGCGAAUUUAAUGAUUCGAAAUUUAUUCAUAAAAUAAGAAUUUUGGUUGGUAGUAAUUGCUGUCAAUCGUGUUUAUCAAACAAACGUCAAAACACCCCUGAUAUGGGAAAAUACGCCGAAAAAAACAUGUAAAAACUUAUUUAAAUCAUUAUGGGCUGAUUAGUAACGUAAAAAUGGUGUAAAAAAGUGUUGUGAAAUAAUUAAAAACAUGGAUAGCGUCAUGGAUGAGUUUAAAUAUCCGAAUUUUUCGGAUUCCCAAAACCAGCCUUGGGGAAGAAAUUUUUCCAACAAUGUAGUUAACCUGGACGAUUUAAAAAUGGAUUCGAAUUUUGCGAUGUUGCUCUGCAGUUUAAUAUUUGCCAUAGGAUGGGUUAUUUAUAUAACAUAUUAUAAUUCAAGACUCGCCGGGUACAUCAUCACCAAAAUUGUGAAUCGACUGUUUAUUAGCAAAGAUGGGUAUUUUAAAAUAGGAUCAUUUACUUUAAACGCAUUAUCUGGGAAAAUAAUGUUUCGAGAUGUCAUUUAUAUCACCUUGGAUUAUAGCGUAAGAAUACAAGAUGGGUAUUUAAUAUUUCGUUGGUGGAGAUCGUAUGUUCCAAAGGAUGUCUCUGAAGAUUUAUCACAUUCUGAUACGAGAUUAUCAGUCGUUCUUAAUGGUCUUGAAGUUCACGUUUAUAACCGUACUCAUAUGUAUUCAAAUUUAGCCAAAAUGUUUAAUAUCGAUCCUAGCGUUUUACCAGAAAAUUUUAAUGUGGAGAAUCAGCAAAGUAAUGAAGCAGAAUCUAAUGAAAGAGCUGAUAAUAAACCAAGACCUGAGGCAGCUAUGGCAAGAACUUGGAGGGAUUUAAUUCCAGUUAUAAAAGCUGAUAUUUCAUCGCUACGUUUAGUGUUUGGAAAUCGUUUAGUUCCCACCACGUUAAGUAUUACAGUUGAAGAAUCCCAUUUCGUUUACUCAACAAAGCCAGCAGUGUGCCAAUUAGACCGCUUCAUGCAUUUUACUAAGUGGAAGGCGGAAAAUGCUCGAGUUAUGCUGGUUUCUAGCCCGAAAUAUACAGGAAUGUUGGAUGAUCCACCAAGAUACAUGGGGGAAGGAUUCGUUUUAAUGUCAACAAACGACCUCGAAUUAUACUUCUACAUGGACGAGCCAGGUUUAGUUCCUGAAGAACCAGUUACAAUUAACCUCCCCAAUGGAGACAUCGUCGAGCCGAGCCCCCCACAAUGGGGUAUCGAUAUUAAAUGCGGAAAAGGAACCGAUUUUAGUUACGGCCCUUGGGCUGACCGGCAAAGAGAACAUUUAUUUAAAUUUUUUUACCCCCAAGAUUACCUCCCAAUGGAAGUAACAAAAAUGGCCGUAGCGGGGGAAAAGCGCCAAAUGCACUCAUUUGAUAUCCGGUUAUCGAUGCAAAGUAAAGCGACCGUCGACAUUUUAUUCUCAAAAAAUAAAGAAACGAAUGCGGUUCAUGUCAAUUUAGGACCAGGGUCGUAUUUAGAAAUUUCAAUACCCUGGGUGACCACCGAAAAAGGGUACACAUCGAAAAUUACCGGGCAAUUAUUUCACACCGAAGCAACGACCAGUUUGCAAUUUCGCGAUUUAUUAAUGAGCGAAACUUUGGAGUUUUCGGUUUUAUGUCAUUAUCCGUUAAUGUGGAACGAUCACCAGUUGUGGGAGUUUAAUUUAACCGGGGGGAAAGCGACGGUGAACGUUUUAUUUUGCCACAAAUGGUUUUUUACCGACUUAAUGAACGAUUGGUCCACUAAACAAAGACCCGAUUUAUUACACUUCGUCCCAUACACUUGGAGAUUCGGGAUUACCUUCAAACACUGCGAGUUAAUCACGCCGAGUAAUGAAUAUAAUUGGGUCGAUUGUACGAGCGCCGGGAAAAACCACGAAAAUGGACAAAUCGCUUUUUGCGCACAUUUUUUACAUCUAUCUUUUGAUUUGCCGUUUGAUGAGUUUUUACCAGACACUCUACCGCUAAAUUUUAGUAUACAAGGCGAAUCUAUCGAUUUUGUUGUGUUCAUCCCCGAGUAUCAUACAAGUAGGAUUACAGUUAUGGCUUUGGAGAAGUAUGCUAAGAUACGAUCCAAAGAUGGGAAAGGAAAAAAGAAAACUGAGGCUAUUCCUAAAUGGAGAAAUGUUUGUACUUCAACAAAUGGUUGGGUUGAUUUUUGGUGGAUCCCAAUCGGGGCUAUCAACAUAGGUUAUGUUUACCACCCUUGUCCUCCGUUGGGGCCAACCCCUCAAGCUGACAUUUCAACACCUGUUAAAGAAGAGAUACUUUUAUCGCCAAUGAGGUUCCCAAGGCAAAGAAAACCGCAUCGUUCUCCACAAGAUGGAGUCCAUAACAAAUUCGACCCAACCACAUUAAAACCGGACAUAGUCACCGUCGAAAUUGAAGUGGGCCCCUCCGUUUUAUUGCUGUACGGAACCGCAUUAAGAAACUUCGUCAACUGCAAAGAAAAUCUUUUCGGCGACGACCAAAUGUUCUUCGAUAUGCAAUCCUCUUCUAGCCCGGAAAACGAAUUAAAAUCGGAACACAGCUCAGUUGAUAUCCCGAUUGAAUUACAAGAUGACUUCGAUAUGAGAGAUUAUAGACCCAUCCAAGUCGAUCUUUCGAUUAUUAUCCACGACGUUCAAGCUCACAUUCUCAAAAAUUGCAUGGAAAAGGACCCAUCAUGCCCAGUUAUUCUCAUCGAACGUUUCGGAUUUGAAAUGAAGAAGCGCUACGACCAAACCGAACUCCAAUUAUUAUUAUCCCCGACGAUUCUUCUAGUUUCCGACCCCGUUAUAAGACCCAACAAAGAAAAACAUUUAAACGAAGGACGCUUAACGUUAUCUUCAUUGCAAGUUCGAGGCCACGCGAUGUUUUCGGACGUCGGGCGGAGUCUCGACGAAGACACGAUUGAGUACGCUUGGUUGGUUGAUGUACAAUUGGGCCGAUUGAGUGGGAAAAUAUCAACCCCUCAACUUCACGCGAUUUUAACUGGGUUAGAAACGCUUUUAUUGCUGUUAAAAGAUAACGAAAACGAGGUGAAUUCUCCCACGGAUGAUGUGUUGUUGCAAGAACCUCAAAUUACUCAAAAAACGGCGAGUACUCACCAAAAUUUUUUCCCACUACAAUUGUUGCAAACGCGGAGUAACACAACUACGAAAAAUUUGAGCCAAAAUUCAUCGAACACCACCGUUAAAGGAGAUGGAAAAACGAAAAAGCAACCGGAAGCGAAAAGAUCGAAUCAAAACACAACAAGCGAUGAUUUAAACAUAAACAAUAUUGAUUGUCAUAAAUUAAAAUAUAAAGUUACAAGAUUGGCGGUUGAUGUUUUGGAUUUGUGGUUGGUCGAGUCUGGAGUUUCGCUUCAAAUUUUUAUUUCCCCCGUGCGAUUGGCAAUGUGUAAUUUGCACGGGAAACAAGUUGGGACUGGUUUAUCGUGCGUUAUUUACUCGGUUGGAUUAAGACAGUGCAUUUAUCAACCUCACAAGUACUCAAAAUCGGAUAACUCCGAUAUUUGGUUGGAAGUUGGAUCGAUCGACUUAGGUCCUUUAGUCAUCGAAUCGGCGACUUCCUCCGAAGUAAAAGAUUUCGACAUGUACACGACGCAGCAAAAGUUUUUGAAAAUCCACGACGAUCGGCACAAAAAGUUGUGGUUCUUAUGGCCCGAAUUAAAUAAAGCGAUGGGGCGAUGUGGAUGCGUUGGGGGGUGCUUAUUUUUCGGAAGCAACAAAAAUGGGACAAGAUUUUUUAAGCCAUCCCCUAAAGAUUUGGAGGAAGGCAUGAAUGUAGCUGCUUUUCGCGUCAACGAACCCGGGAGAGACCCCGGUUAUGGACAAAGCGUGUUACACGAAUCCCAAUUAAUUUUUAGAACCCCCCCAUACACGAUAAACGAAAUUUCACUACAAGACAGUUUGAGAAAAACCAAAAAAGUGACCAAAAAUAACUUAGAGAGCCCAAAAACUUCCUCAAUUGGAGAAACUAAAAUUAUCGAGCAAAGUAGCUCAGUCCAUAAUAGUUUGGAAAAAAAAGGAAAUCGGAGAUAUUCUUCGACUUCAAUUAGAAGUAAAGAUAUUCCUUACGCUCGCCUCGUCGAUAACGUAACAGUUUUAGCGAAUAAAUUAGAUAGUGACUCAAAAUUGCACACGGAAAAAACGAAAUUAGCGGUUGUUAACCCCGAUGUGGAGCCUUUACCCAAAAACAGCGUCUCCGACUCAAAAUUAGCCGUUGAUUAUUUUAACCAAAACGAGAAAAUCCCCGAAAAAUCCGACCAAAACGAAAUUGAAACAAAACCAGCCGUCGUAAACGUUUCGGAGAGCCAUCACUCGCUAGGGGGGACCUCCGAGGAGCGUUUACGCGAACUCCAAGUACAAAGAACGAUCUCGAUGUCGAGCGAGAAUCAAUCGGAAGCUUUUUAUUCCGCCGACGAAGAUAUAAACUUAAAUUCGCGGUGUUCUAGUUUGCGAAAUUCGAUGUUGUCGUCGAAUGGAACUUUAACGCGACAAGACAGCGGAAGUGCCCCUCCUACGCGGAAGAAAUAUUCGAGCGAACUCAGUAUUGUAGCAAACGAUAAGGCGAAUAAUUAUAAAGUUGGAGUUACGAGUUCUUCAGUUCCUGAAAAUUCGAAAUUGAGAUUAUCCUCACAUCGAAGCGACCAUGAAAUACACACCCCCGAACAUCGCAGUUUUGACCCCCAAAAGAUGUCGCAAGUACAAGGUUUGGUGACUCCACAACGACAUCCGAGUACGCGAAGCAAAGUUUUACCCAAAUCGGAAGUUAAAAACGUCGGAUCAAUGAUGGAUUCGUCAGAUAGUUACAGUAGUAAUUCGUACGUCUCAGCGAUUGGGAGUCAAGAUGAUUUCACUUUAGUCGACCUCCACAUGCAAAUUAAUCGACAAAUUAUCGAUUCGCCUUUGUUAAUGUCGAGUUAUGUGGGACAUUUGAAACAAAUUAAGUGGACGAAUUGGAAUAACGCCAAUUUAAUGCAAGGGGAUCAUUUUUCGGUACCACUUUUCCAAAAAAACGAUGACGAUAAAUUGGUUUAUAUCGGUGGGAGAUUCGUACCGAUCGUCGAGGUGGUUAACGAAGGGGUGACGUCGAUGAAGAUGGUUUCGAGGAGUGAGGUGUCUUCGAGUAAAACCCCCACAAAAAAUUUUAUUUAUAACUUCGAGGAUAACAACGAUAACGAUUUGAUUUAUAACGAGGAAGAAUUACUUGGAACGAGUAGUUUCAACGGAACGAGAACUUCCGUUAUUAUUAAAUUAAAAGGCGAUCUUGAUGUGAUGAUAACCCCUUUGCUUUUGGAGUCGUUUCAGCGCUUCAUCGACGCUUUAAUCCCAACAGUCGCUAAUUUACACCCAAUGACGGUUAUUAACCACCUCCACACAUCUUGCGUCGAACAAGUCGUUUCAACGAAUUUGCUAAAAACAACCAAAAAUAUAUCUAAUUUAACCGAAAAUGAGGACGGUUAUUACGAGGAGACUUUAAAGUCGCAAUUUCAAGCUUCAAUUAUCAUCCCAAAAGUCAAUAUAACCAUGCUUCAAGUCUCGAUCGUUGAGGAAAUAAUUUCGUUUAGCGCGCUCGAUAAUAUGCGAGAUUUAACUUGCGCCUCGUUAUUUUCGGUGUGCUUUGAUAACAUAACAACGAAAUUUCACUCUGAUAAUCAAACGAAAGAAGUGAUACAAAAAUUUUAUCGCCCCGUCGUGCAAUCUUCCAGCAAAAAAGGUAAAAAACACUUCUUAAGCCUCCACUCGUACACAAACCCCGACAUAAUCCGAGGCGAACCCGUUUUCAUCGAAAGCUGCGAGCAACAACAAAAACAAUUAGUAAUCAGCUUAUCCGUAGGAAAAGUCCACGCGCAAUUACGCCGCUUAAAAAACGAAUGUUCCGUUUUAGACGACGCCGUCAUCACGGCGAUCCCAAAUUACAGCUCGAAAGUCUUAUUCACCGCGAUUAAAUUAAAAAAUGAAAACAAAUUCUUAGACUAUUACUUAAGAAGUGAAGAAUCCCAAGAAAACGUUUUUAUCCCAAAUUUAGACGACCUCAACGAGGAAAAACUCGGUUUUAUCAUGUUCGAGUGCGGAUUAGAAGGGGUUAAUUUAAAGGUGGUUAAAAAAUUCCAACAAGAACAACUAGAAAACGAUGAGAAUAAAAUUCCCGAAAUUGAUCCGGUUGAAUUAAAAAAUGAUAAUAAAUCGAGUAAUAAAUCGACUAAAAGUGUUCCGACCCAAACCGAUAAUAAUAACAUUUUGGGUAAAGAAACUCCAAAAUUCGAUGAAAAUAAUACGAAGGAGCCGAAAAAAGAUUGCGGGAAUGUUAUUUCGUGCGUAAUCGAAUUAAAAACGGUUUGGUUUAACUUCGCAGCACCGCCGAGGACCCCAAUUACGAGAAAAAUCGAUUAUACCCGGCUCGAUUGGAAUCUUUUGAGUACUGCCUCGCCCGCGAUUAACGCCUGGAUGAAUCCAAGUAAUCGUUUGGCGAUACGCGUUGUGCAUAUGGUGAGGAGUAUGUAUAGGAGGUCGACUGCUAUUGUUGCUUGUUUGAUGACGGAAGCGUUGGAUGCUUACGGGGGUCAUCUUCCCGUUAAGACCCGAUACGGGAAGUUAACACCACUUUCAAAGACGUUACAAGACGAUCCCAGUUGUCAAUUAUGUACGAUUUUGCAAAAAUAUUAUUUGGAGGGAGAUGUGCAAACGAUCGAAGCGAAUUUGAGGGAAUCCGAUUUACCACAAUUGUUUGUUUUGAGACAGGGUGUUAUUGUGCUGAGCAGACAAUGGAAACCAAACUUAUACACUCCAUUAUUACCCCAACAAAACGUAAAGACGCGAUUAAAACCGUUAAAUGUGACGAUAGCGAUACCGGAAAUACAACAAGAGGAUGUGUGCUUAACCGACGGAGAACAAAGUGCUAACGAAGAUGCCGAUAUUACCGACGAACACGCCCAGCUACUUCAUACCGGGAUCAUUUUAAAGCCCCACAAAAAUAUCGGUAAAGACUCCUCAACUUUACCAUUGAACACCACAAGAAUUCCAAAUUACAUGGAAAACACCAUGUUAUCGCCCCAAGUUGCAGUCGUUUCCGGUGGCGUUGAGAGCCUUCUAACUUCACCAAGUCCUCCAGUGUCGCAGAAACGGCGUAAAAUGAGCGCGCAACCCCCGACGGGGGCCUCAAGCGGUCGCGCCAGCGUUGUGCUCCCUUUACUCAACGGGUCUAACCCGUUUUUGCAGAAAAAAAUUAACGACGCUAAUAUAUGUUAUGGAGCUCUUCGGGAAGAUCACACCGCCGUGAACUUAGGUUCAGACCCAAGCGUUUGCACGAAUUCGUCCCCCGAAGCCCCAUUAAGCCCCCUCCACCGCAUCCCAACCCGGAACCAAAGCUCCGAAGACUUAUACAGUUGGAUGGCGAAACAAGACGUCGAAAAUUUCGAAUCCGGCGUUGAAUCAAAAAUCGACACCUUACAAACUCAAUCAUCCGGCGAAGAAACAACGCUCGCGAAGGAAAAUCAAGCUUUUUUGGUGCCUUUACAUCAAUUACACGACUCUUGGAAAUUGUUAGACGCAAAUUUAAUUUUCCAACCGUUAUUAUCCAGCUUGGGGGUGAUGCCGCAACAAUUAAAAGUAACCAAUAUGAGUGAAAACCCAACCGGGAAUGAUGUCACUUCGUUAGACGCGCUCGGUUCGAAUUUAUCGUUAGUUGGAAAUAUGGAAACGAUGCGGAUUGAUAUUGUCGUUUCGGAACAUGGCAAAAUGGAGAAAAAACGAAAAGGUGGAAAAACCAAGCAAGGUCGAACUUUCUUAGAGAUUAACACCGAUGAGUGUCCCGCGUUUGUUUGCGAAAAAGUCUCAAUCGAAUUAGAACUUGAUCGAAUGACCGAUAUGGCAGUUUCCGAAAUGAUUAAAACGAAGAAUGUUUUGUAUAUCAGCCGGGGGCAAUUAAAAAAUCACACAAGCACCGUGCUCCAUUUUAACGUAGGGGUCCGUUACAUCUCGCAACGUGUUAAUAUGCCCCUUUUAAGAUUGUUACAUCAAAUAAGUAACAUGUAUCAAAACGUUAAAGACACCCAAAACGAAUUAAGAGAACAACAACCGACCGUCGUUGAUAUCCGAAGACCUAAAACAAGCGCGAGCGAUCACGUCGAUGUUAAACACAACUCAACUUCAACAUCAGAUUUGAUUAACGAGGGAAGAAGUUCCGAUGAUGACCGAAAAUUACGCAGCAUUUUAUCGGAUAAAUCAUCGAUUAUCUCUCAAAAACCCGUCAUUUCACCAUCACCUAGUAUAAGAUCACGCCCGCAAAGUUUAGCACAAAAAUUAAUCUCAACCGGAAAAAGCGUUAAAGGUUACGUCAAUUUAAACGAAGGUGGAACCCCCGUUACGGUUUCAUCGCCUUCAAUUUCCGGUUUUGAGCGUGUUGUGAUAAACGAAAAGAACGUGGGGAGAUGUUGGAGGACUAUAAAUCAUUUAUUAGAUUUAUACGCGAAUAUGCCGGAUACAAAAACAAUAAAGCAUCGAUUUUCCGUUUCCGGAACAACAAACAUUAACAGCGACGUUUCAGAACAUUACAAAGGUAACCGGAAAUACGAUGUUUUAACCGAGGUAAAAUCGAAUGAAAACGUCGAUAAAGAAAGUGUAGAAAAAGAAAAUGAUAUAAUUGGAAAUCCACCAGGAAAUGGACCAACCGGAAACGUUGGAAGUGGUCAUAACCUAACAAGCACACCAAUUAGAACUCCAAAAAUCGAUAAAAAUCAAAAAAAUCUCGUCCACCAACCCACCUCUUCAAAAGAACAUACCAAAUUAAUCGUUUUCGGUGUUGCAAGAAUCCACAAAACACGUCUUUUAGCAACUCUUUCCGGGUUAAAACUCGAAGCGGAAAUAACUUCUUUACAUUCAAGUUUGACGUGUCGAAAAAAAUCGACCCCAUCUAGUUUAGAGUGUUCGUUAACGGGGCAAAUUGGACGUACGAUGAUUGUACUUUUAGAGGGGGUUGCCCCGAAUUUACAAACAGUCGUUAAAGUAACAGUUGGAAAAUCACAAGCUUUAUAUUCGAGCGUUAGUAAACGUUCGAAAGAUAAAAAUUCGGGUUUAUUAACAGUGGGGGCUGUUAACAUAGAUAUUCCCCAACAUCCGGUUGCGUUACACGGAAUGGUUACUAGAGGGAGUAAACAAUUAAGUUCGACUUUGCAAGAAUUAAGGGUAACGCGCACUUCGAGUCGGUUAUCGAGAUUACAAACGGAGGAGGAAGUUGGGGGUGGUGGUGGAGGGGUGAAUUAUUCCCCGAAUUAUGUUGAUAAGAAAAAUAUUGCUAGUAAGGUGCAGGAAAGUUUGGGGAGAGAAGAAUUGGAGAAGGGGUUGUUGCAACCUUUAGUUAUGCAAUUUUCGGUUAUUUUGCAAAGUUUGAGUAUUACAGCGGCUUUGUUGCCGUCGUUACAAGCUCAAUACAAAAUGGAUCAAGUUAAUAGUACAGGAACAACCGGAAGUAAAGCAAAAUUCACGAUCGAUUUACCACAUCAUUCUCUUAGUUUCACCACAAAGUUACAAGUAUCUGAAGCAAAUUUACCAUCAGAAGCGAGUAUAGCACUUCCUGCAGUUCAUGUUUCCGCUGAAUACAUCCCAGAGAGUGCAACAGCUACUUUGAGGGAUGUCCAUCGAGGUCCAGAAGGAGUCGUUUUUAUGCAAGGAGGUUAUUUGAGUGCAAACGCUGAAAUUGGAGUUUUUGAACAUAGUUUAACCACCGAUUUAUUAAAUCAUUUGGUUUUUGUACAAAAAGUUUUCAUGAAGGAAGUUAAUGAAGUGGUACAAAAAGUUUAUGGAGGUGAAAGACCCGUUCCGAUUUGGUUAGAAGAUAGCGAAGAACCAUCCACGUUAAACCGCAUCUUAUUCUCAUUAAUAAUAAAAAUCCAACGCAUCCAAUUAACCGCAACAACGGCCGGAAGUUCCGCCGUUCGAUUAGAAACGGGCGCAGUCGUUUUAGAACUGUCAAACCGCGUUCAAAACGUAUCCGGUUCCAGCAACAAAAACGCCUCCUCAUCGCGUUUAUUCGGCCGAGCACAAGUCGAUUUUAAUUUAUCGUUGGGCCAACUCAUAAGGAACGUUCUUUUCGAAGAGGCCGACACCGAAUUCCAACAAUUCGCGUAUUUUAAAACGCGAGUCGGUUUACGAAACAUGUUUCAAGAUGAAAUAACUGAGGGGGAAGAAAAAGAGGUUGUUUUGAUUACUUUAAAACGCCCGCUGAUUUAUAUUCAACCGGUCGCUGUGGAUAAAGCAAUCUUGGUUUGGUUAAAUUAUAAGAACGCUUACGAUUAUUGGAACGAAAAGAGGGCGAAUUUAAACAAAGAGGUGCUAACCGCCACGCAACAGGUUUACGAAAAAUUUCAAUUAGGACAAAUUACAAGUCAAUUAGGAGCACCCCACGUUGGGAUGUUGUUUUUGCAACUCACUGUUGAGGACAUGGGGAUUUGUUUACCUUUGAACCCCCUUCCGUUAAAAACUUGGGGGCGAAAUACUUACGAAGAAACGAGAGGGGCCGUUGUUAUUACUUUAGAUACAAGCAUUUCAGCGUGUAAUUCUGGGUCAUUAGUUAGCAAAGGAAAAUUUUCGAGCUUGUGUUUACGUUUCGAAGACGAUUUCGAAACAUCUUUAGACGAUUGGAAACCGGAUAUGAACAAUUCGUCCAAUUUAUGCGUCGUAAGCGAUGGAACUUACGAAGUUUGUAGCCGAACGAUCGCCGGGAAACAAAACGAGAACGCCAAAUGGUUCUUAAACGUCCAAUGGCAAAUGGAAGGUGUCGAUAUCCAUUUAGACACGAAUAUCGGAAAACAACUCUCCGCGUUAGGUCACACUUUAACGCAAUUAACCGGAGCGGAAGAUUCCCCUGUAAAUGUCGAUUACGACAGUGACGAAAACGAUCAAACCGAUACUAAGGCUAGUCAAGAAUCGAUACUUCCCGCGUUCGUUUUCGAUCCGAAUUUGGAUUAUCGCAAGCGAUCGAAAUUAAUCGAACGCGAAAUGAACGAACAGGCGAAAAUAAUUAACGAUUUGCGAUCGUUGGGGGCUUCGCAUGGAACGAUCGAGUUGGAAUUGAAGAAAUUGCAUGAAUUGGAAGCGAUGGUUUUUAAGGAUUUUCGACGCGAUAUGAUUCAAAAGUUGCGGAGGCAAAGUAUGCGCGGAGGUUCCUCGUCGAUUAAAGGGAAAAUUUUAGGAUCAAAACCGAGUACUUAUCGUUCUAGGAGUUUUAUUGUACCAAGUCCGAUGUUGGAAAAUCAAGGAAGCCCGGAAGAUAAUCACGCGGGUACUGGAAGUGGAAAUUCGGCGAGUUACGAAAGUUCGCCUCGUUCGGGGCCAUCAAGAUCAGCCUCGUUAAGAGUCCGAAGCGCCGACGGGCCGAGAGUUACUUUUGGAGAAACGCAUCAAAUCGAUAGGCAAUCAUCGUUACCGAGCGCAAGUUCAGACUUGAGUUUACCAGAAGCGAAUUUUGAGUGGGCCGAGCAUUUAAAUAUCGACGGGCAAAAUGUGGAUUUACGCAAAAAGUUGCCGUACGAAUUUGGUGGUGAUUCUUAUGAGGAAACCCCCCCGAAAGAACAAGUUAUUGGUAACACAACGUUUUCUUCUCAAGCUGGAACGGGGCCCAAUUUGUUCCAAAAACCUCAAGAGCCCAACAUAGAUCUUGAAUUAGACGUCAAAGUGUUUAUUAACAGUGGAAAAUGUGUCUUGCAUACGAAAGAUAAAGAAAAAGAUGAUGAAAUGAAAUUGCGAAUGCGAAAAGAUAGAAGUUGUUCAGCUGGUUUAUUAGAAUUUCCAACAACAUCUGGAAGUCCUGAUACUUCGCGAAAAAAUAAAGAAAAACUUUCUGGUCAAACAUCAAGCGCGCGAUUAAGAAACGUCCCCCACACAACAACUUUAGUCGAUUUAACAAUUUUCCACAUCCCAGGAAUGGACGUAAAAUUAUACUACCAAUCAAAAGUGGUGAACGAAGAAAAUCUUUUAGGAGACUCCACCCUCCCAGAAAACAUCCACGGAUUUCCCGACUUCUACACAAACAAAUUCUCGAACGAUUCCAAUUUAACAUUUGAAAAAUCCGAAGAAAUUCGAAUCGAAAAAGCUUUCAAACGCCAAGAUUCCUUUUUAAUCGAAGAGGGCGAAAUGAAAUCGUCGACUUCUUUGCACGGAAUUUCCAACCCAAAUUACGGCAGUUCGCCGUCUUCGAGUAAAACGAGUUUGGAUAAUUUCCCGUUUCAAAUGAGCGUGACGCCACCUCACGAUGGUGCUCAAAAGAAACAUCGCGGGAUCAAAAAAGCUUCGUUAUUCGCUUGGAUGACUUUGCAAAGUGUUCCGGAGGAGACGAUCAUAAGCCCGCAUAUUUUAGAAUUUUUAGAACAAAGUUUAGACCCGAUUCCGCCAAAAACAAAUUUUAAUACGACUUCGGCCGCCGUUCAAGAACAAGAUGGAACUAAUUAUGGAAAUUAUGUUUAUGCAAGUUUUCCGGUUGAUGUCAUCGUUUAUUUCCACAUGCAACCUAGUACGUUUAGGUUUAGUUGUUUACCAGUUUCAAGGGUUGAGUGUAUGUUGCAAUUACCUAGUUUGGAUAUUGUGUUUAGUUCGAAACGGGCUGAACAUGAGUUGUUACAAAGUGAAUUCGGUGAUGGAGCUCCGAAUACAGCAGCAACAGCAAUCGGGGGUUUAAGCGUAACCGGAUGUUUAUCCGACUUCUCCGUUUACAUUUUCCACCCUUACGGGGGCAAAAAAACGGCGUUAAAAGAAGCCCAAUGGUCGCCGCUUUCCGAUAGCGAACGAAAAGAUUCGUUAUCCAUCAACGUGGAGUUUGUGAAGUUCCACUUAACGAGAUCGAGGAUGUUAAAUUUCCAACAAGAAGCUCCGAUUCGGGGGAAAGCAGUUUCGGAUCAAAGCAGAAACGUUAUUCGAUUCUCAACCAUCACCGACAUUGGAUCUGCUUCAUUUAAAUACGACAUGCGCCGCUUAACCGAGAUUUUAGCAUUCCCCAAAGCUUGGUACCGACGCUCGAUCGUCCGGAGGAUGUUUUUGGGCGAUUUAAGCAUGUCUGCGCCAGCCAACGAUGAAGAUGACACGUUGAAUGCAUCGUUGAAUUCGUCCAAAAACGAUUCGAAAAAAUCGCAUUCGGAUCGUAGCCCGUUAUUAAACAACAAAGAGAAAUUAAAGCUCGCUUUGGACGAUAGCAAUUUGUGGCAACAAAAGCCAAAGGAAUUGGGGCGAACGGUCAGCACGGAAUCGGCUAAUACUAAUUCAACACCAUCGGAGCAAAAUCAAAAUUUAACCGCUUGGGAAACUUUGGUUUUAUUCGCGGUUAAUUUUAAAAAAUUAAAUGUACAUAUGAAUAUGGGGAAUGUGAUGGGGAACGUUUCUUGGUUGACGAAGGAUUUUCGAAGUGAAGGGAGAUUAAGUAUUGGCUCGACGGGGCAUAAAAAUUUAUACAUAGCGGUUGGUUUGGGAGGUUCUGGGUUAGAUGCUAAAGGUGGAAUCGUCGGGGGAAACAUCGAAAUUGCUAAUAUCGAUACGUUUAUUCAUAUCAGAGAGGAGCCCGAUUUAGAACCCGAUCACAUAGUUGGAUUAAGAUUGGCCGCUUUAGAAUUGAGGUUAGAUUACAUGGCAACUUCCGUUUUGAUGUGCCGAGUUAGCGAUUUAAUCGUAAAUUUACGCGACGAUUGGAGUUUAAAUCGAACUGUGACUUCCGCUUCGGUGACGCGACGCCCGGCGAGUAUUUUUAUUCACGGCGAUUUAUCUUGGAACCAAUUACAAAUAAUGAUGUCGAAAUCGUCGACGGCCGAUUUAUUAAAAAUGUACAAUAAACUCGAAGAGUUCUUUUCGCAACAAUUUAAUAGCAGUAAAAGAGUUUUUAGUGGAUUCUCUCAAAGUCAUCAUCAUCGCCCUUCGAGGGUUACUCCUCAAAAAAGUCGGGAAUCUACGAAAUCGGAAAUUGGUGUUAUUCAAGAUGCGCGCCAUCACAGGCAUUGGCAAAAAGUUUUAGCAGAUGUCGCUGGGUUGCAAUUAUCGACAAUGCAUAGCCCUUUACCGAAAACUGGGACUGUUUUAGGAGGGAAUAUGGAGUUGCAUGGAAAAAACAUUUCUUUGGCGUGUUUUCACGGGAUUAAUUUCAAAAGUCGUUCGUGGGCUUUGUUUAGUUUGAAGGAACCAUGCAUUACUUUUAACACAGAGUCUCAAGAAAUCCCAUCGACUACAGAUUCAAAUUUACACGACGUCCACGUUGUCCAAACUUUGCAAUGCAGCUUAGGAGUUAGCACUUACAAAACGCAUCAAUCCAUGGCGAUGGUUUGCAAAGUAUCAAGGAGCGUUAUUUUCCCACCUCAAUUUAAAACACUCCAAGAGUGGUUCCAUUACGCUUUCGCCAACAGCCAAAUCGAUGAGGUGGAUAAAUUUCCUUCGUUAGAAAGGGAGCGAGAUAAUUCAAUCGAAAGAUCCAGGGGAAGUAACGCGCAAAAAUUAACCGACCCGAAUCAUAAUCGCGAAGUUAUUUUUGCUUUACCCAGUUUACAACUUCAUUUAAAAACGGAACAUUUACAAACGGCAACUACACCGGAUUUAACUGAUGAAAAACCCGUCGUUGAAUGCAGUUUCAUCACCGAAUUUGAGGACCACAUCUUUGUAACGGUCGACGCUGAAGCGUUCUUUUUCUUGCACGAUUUAAUUUCGUCGUAUUUAAAGGAAAAGGAGAAAGUUCUUGGAGGAGUAACAACAAAACCAUCAACAUCUUCAACAAGCGGUGGUGAUUCCGCGUCGAAAUCGAAACCCCCAAAUCUCGAAGGGGACAUCUUCGCGAAAGAUUGGCGCAAUUACAACUGCAAAACGUGGCAUUUAGAGCCGACGGUCCGGCUUUUAAGCGUAGCCGGAAAGUAUUUAGAGCCGUACGGGAUCGAUUAUAUUUUGCAAAAAUUGGGAUUCGCACACGCUCGGACCACAAUUCCGAAAUGGAUGCAACGCGGAUUUAUGGAUCCUUUAGAUGCCAUUUUAGCCGUGUUAACGUUAAAAAUGGUCCGGAUUAUUAAAGGAGAUAAAGACGGUAAAGAUAAGGAUAAAAUUGAAGGUAGGAAAUAAUUUUUUUUUAUUUGGGGAUUUUUAUUGUGAUAUUAAUUUUGAGGUGUAAAAGUUUCAUUGAAAUUUAGAGGCUAAAUGUAAUUAGAACAAAAUAUAUACAUAGGAUUAGGGAUUAUUAGUAAUCACGAUAUUUAUUGUAGUUUGGAGUUAAUUAUAAAUAAUAAAUAAAUGGGCAAAAAUAAAUAAAAGCGAGAUA